AUGGUCACCGUAGCGAAGCCACAACGCAUCACUGCCAUUCUCAAGCGGCUCGCCUUUGCCGUAACGUGCUCAUUCCUGUUUUCCCAGGCUUGGCUAAAGUUCACCACUAACCUUCAACGACCUCCUCGUGGACGGCCAUCACAGUUCGCCAUCGACUUCGAACGCGAUUCCUUCAUGCUGGCCGGCGAGCCGGUGCGGAUCCUGUCCGGUUCGCUCCACUACUUCCGCACGCCGCGCGAACUCUGGAUGGAGCGCCUGGCCUACGCGCGCGCCGCCGGCCUGAACACCAUCGACACCUUCGUCGAGUGGAGCAGCCACGAGCCGGAAGAAGGUCUUUUCGACUUCCGCGGACAACAAGACCUGGUGUCCUUCCUGGAGAUGGCCCACAACUUGAGUCUGAUGGUCAUUCUCCGGCCAGGCCCUUACAUCGGCGCCGAACGAGACAUGGGAGGCCUUCCGUACUGGCUGUUGUAG